UUACAGGUGAACAAGGUGAUGUCCAUCUUGUUUUAUGUGAUAUUUCUCGCUUAUCUCCGUGGCAUCCAAGGUAACAGCAUGGAUCAAAGGAGUCUGCCGGAAGACUCGCUCAAUUCCCUGAUUAUUAAGCUGAUCCAGGCAGAUAUCUUAAAAAACAAGCUCUCCAAGCAGAUGGUGGACGUGAAGGAAAACUACCAGAGCACCCUGCCCAAAGCAGAGGCCCCCCGGGAGCCCGCCAAGUCGGAAUUCCAGCCCAUGACGGCCAUGGGCCCCGAACUGCUGCGGCAUCAGAGACGCUACAACUCCCCCCGGGUCCUGCUGAGUGACAGCGCCCCCUUGGAGCCCCCUCCCCUGUACCUCAUGGAGGAUGACGUGGGCAACCCCGUGGCGACCAACAGGACGGCGCGGAGGAAGAGGUAUGCGGAGCACAAGAGUCACCGAGGGGAGUACUCCGUGUGUGACAGCGAGAGCUUGUGGGUGACCGACAAGUCAUCGGCCAUCGACAUUCGGGGACACCAGGUCACGGUGCUGGGGGAGAUCAAAACUGGCAACUCUCCCGUCAAACAAUAUUUUUAUGAGACGAGAUGUAAAGAGGCCAGGCCUGUCAAGAACGGUUGCAGAGGCAUUGACGACAAACACUGGAACUCACAGUGCAAAACCUCCCAAACCUACGUCCGGGCACUGACGUCAGAAAACAACAAGCUGGUCGGCUGGCGGUGGAUACGGAUAGACACAUCCUGUGUGUGUGCCUUGUCGAGAAAAAUCGGAAGAACAUAA